AUGGAAGGCUCGCUGAAUAGCCCACAGAGUAAGGAUAAGGACCUCAUGCCAAUUUUCCCUUCAACAAACGAUAUUGCCGACUUCUUGAGUUUGUCAAAAUUAGAAGGUAGCAAAAUCAAAGAUUUCGAGCAGCCGGGUAAUAUUGAAAUUGACGAGUGGUCAUCAUCUCCUUACAUGGACAUGCUAGCGAAUAAAUUCACGUCUGGCGAUCAAAGUCCCGUAAAGGGUUUCACAAUGUCAAGAGGGGUUCGAGUCAUGGCCAAAGGCGAGGACUCUUUCGACAUCGACAUGGUGAACACCUAUUUAUCGAUUUUCUUGUCCAAAGGGAAGUUGAGCCUCGCUUGCAAAUUGUUUGAGGUUUUCACAUCUAUGGGGGUGGACCCCGUUAGCUACACGACACAAAGACCAAUCAAACAGAAAGUGUUAAAGGAUGGUCCAGCUUACAUCUGUGUUUUUGUUAGCAUAUUGCGUGACAUAUUCAAGGAAGAAACUGUAGAGUAUGUUUUAGCUCUGAUCGAUGAACUGCUUUCAGCGAAUCCUAAAAGAGCAAGGCUAUUUCAUGAUAAGUUGCUUUGGAAAGGUAACUGGUUUAUCCAAGAGAAGAGCUGCAAGAUACUUUCUUUGAUAGUAACUAGUGGAAGGCCAAGAUCUCAUGAUGGUUCCCAUGCCAAUGGGGCAUCAAAGAUAAAGAAGGAUAUCACGACGAUUGAUGACGUUUUAAAGGCGCUGGUUGAUUGGCUGUGCUCACAGCUAAAGAACCCAUCUCAUCCUAGCCGUGGUAUUCCCACUGCUGUUAAUUGCCUUGCCACUUUACUGAAGGAACAUGUGGUUCGAUCUUCAUUUGUUCAAACAGACGGAGUGAAGUUGCUCAUUCCUCUUAUUUCUCCAGCAUCCACUCAACAAUCCAUCCAGCUCUUGUAUGAAACAUGCCUUUGUGUGUGGCUCCUCUCAUACUAUGAGCCUGCAGUUGAGUAUUUGGCCACUUCUAGAUCCUUGCCGAGGUUGAUAGAAGUUGUAAAGGGAUCCACAAAGGAAAAGGUUGUCAGGGUAGUUAUUUUAACUCUCAAGAAUUUGCUGCACAAAGGGACAUUUGGUGCCCAGAUGGUAGACCUGGGACUGCCGCAGCUUGUUCAGAAUCUAAAAGCUCAGGCAUGGAGAUCUGCUAGAAGCUCUGAAUCAAUUGGAAGAGGAUUGAAAGACAACAUUAAGCAGCUAAGUUCUUUUGACAAGUACAAGCAGGAAGUCCUCCUUGGACAUCUUGAUUGGUCGCCUAUGCAUAAAGAUCCAAUAUUCUGGCGAGACAACAUCGCUAAUUUCGAGGAGCAUGAUUUUCAGAUCCUUAGGGUCCUCAUCACAAUUUUGGACACGUCCACCGACCCACGGACACUUGCUGUUGCCUGCUAUGACCUCUCACAAUUCAUUCAGUACCAUGCAGCCGGUCGUAUCAUUGUUACAGACCUCAAAGCCAAAGAACGAGUGAUGAAAUUGAUGAACCACGAGAAUGUAGAGGUCACCAAAAAUGCCUUGCUCUACAUUCAGAGGCUAUUUCCAGGGGCAAAGUAUGCUAGUUUUUUGCAAGCCUAA